AUGCGUCUGCUAACAGUCGCAGAUGGCGACGACUUCAGUCUCACGAAGCCACUCGAGCAUCCACCGCCGUAUGCUAUCCUCUCUCACACCUGGGGCCCUGACGAAGACGAGAUCACGUUCGAUGACUUCUCCACCGGGCAAUACAAGAGCAAGGCUGGUUUCGCGAAAUUUCAGUUCUGCGCCCAGCAAGCCAGAAAGGAUGGGAUUGAUCACUUCUGGAUUGAUACGUGCUGCAUCAAAAAGUCCGACGCUUCGGAACUGUCCGAGUCUAUCACAUCUAUGUUUCGGUGGUAUCGCAACGCGAAGAAAUGCUACGUAUACUUAGCUGAUGUACCGGACCUCAAACGCCGUCACGAUGGAUCAAAGUCGCGAACAGAAGAAGCAGCCUUUGGAAACAGCAGAUGGUUCACCCGUGGCUGGACGUUGCAAGAGCUGAUAGCGCCUCGGCACGUCGAGUUCUACACCCGUGACUGGAAGCCUCUUGGCACGAAGCAGGCAUUGGCAGUCAAGAUUCACGAAAGGACCGGGAUCCCGUCGUCUGCCAUGCUCGGACAGCAAGAGCUAUCAGAGUUCGGAAUCCAGGAACGGAUAUCGUGGGCGCGAGAACGUCGAACACGGCGCCCUGAGGACAAGUGCUACUGUCUGUUGGGCAUUCUGGGUGUAUCAAUGCCGAGCAAUUAUGGUGAAGGC